AAGCUCGAAUUGACCCGACCGAUUGAUGUUUUUGUUCCAGAUUUAGAUCGUCUGUUCUACUUUGCAGUACCUAUUUAUUAAUCUUUCUUUUGUAUUCUUAGCUAAAUUAGACGAGGAAUAUGACUAUAAAAUUAGCUAUAGUCUAGUUUUGUGUCUUGCUAUCAACAAAAUUGUCAAGGGAAUUGUAUAUAGAGCAUGGAUCAGUCUGUCCAUCCUAGAGCAACUGAACUGAAAUUUAUUAAUUACUCUUUCAUUCAUCAUUUGAAUACAAUCAUUCUAUGAAAACAUUCCAAUUCAACGGCGUUCCCAAAGGCUGGGUAAGCAGCUGUUGACAUGCAUUGGCUCAUAGCUACGUAAACGAAUAUCUAUCAAAAAUGUGGUGCGGCAUAUAUCCGACACUGGUUUUCAACAGUCGCUCAAAACUGAAGAUGAUUUUCCUACCGAUGCGGACUUUGAGUUGGGCUAGCCGUCUGCCGACUGUCAGCAGACGUACGUCUGUUAUGCUCUGCAGACCGUCUGUCGUGCCGGGGACAUCUGUGAUCGGAGCGAUCCUCUGCAGACGGUGCGCAGACUGUGCCAGGCCCAAUGUGUGGCUGUUACGGCAACCGUACACUUCGCGUCUGCAGAGUUCUGUUUCUAAUAAUUCGUGGUGUUUGUUUUCGAAUCGUUUGCUAGUGCAGAACUCGAGGCGGUAUGUGGCUAACAGGCCCAUGUUAGAUGCGGCGGUCAAAACUCAGAGAGUCUCUCUACACGGCCGUGAGAUGAAGAGAUUGCUCUCCUUAGCCAAGCGGGAGAAAUGGAACCUCACUAGUGCAAUAUUCCUCCUUCUGAUCUCAAGUGCAAUCACAAUGUCUGUGCCAUUCGCUCUAGGCAAAGUUAUAGAUCUGAUCUACACGUCGGAUGUGGUCAAAAUGAAAGAGAAUCUACUCAAGCUCUCUCUAGUGUUGUUUGGUGUUUUCCUUGUUGGCGGACUGUGCAAUUUUGGACGAGUCUAUUUGAUGAAUGUCUCAGGUCAUCGUAUCACAAGAGACCUGCGUGAGAAGGUGUUCCGGUCGAUAAUGAAGCAAGACAUAGCGUUCUUUGACAGCAACAAAACGGGCGAACUGAUCAACAGGCUAUCAGCUGAUUCGGCGCUGGUCAGUCAGUGUGUGACCAUGAACAUCUCAGACGGACUUCGGUCAACUGUGAUGGCCUGUGCUGGCGUUUCUAUGAUGUUCUACAUGUCUACAGAGCUGGCUCUAGUUGGACUGGGAAUAGUGCCUCCUGUAGCUGCAAUUGCUAUAGUUUAUGGACGAUUUGUUAGAAAAAUAACCAAAUCCGUGCAAGGAGCACUGGCAGAGUCGACGCAGGUGGCCGAAGAGCGUAUCAGCAACAUUCGAACUGUGAAGGCUUUCAGUCAAGAAAGGAAGGAAAUUCAGGCCUACAGUGAGAAGAUGGACAAGGUACUCAACCUCUCCAUUAAGGAAUCGUUGGCUAGGGGAGGAUUCUUUGGAAUGACAGGCUUCAGCGGCAACGUGAUAAUCCUGACAGUGCUUUACUAUGGCGUAUCAAUGGUGGCCAAACAGGAGUUCACAGUUGGCAAUUUGUCUGCCUUCCUGUGGUAUGCUGCCUACGUGGGAGUCAGUCUAGGAGGACUGAGCAGCUUCUAUGCCGAGAUGAACAAGGGUCUUGGAGCCAGCACUAGGUUGUGGGAGCUUAUAGAUCAUGUGCCCGGUAUACAGGAUACUGGUGGUCUGAUACCCAGUGAACCAUUGCGCGGUGAUAUUAAGUUCAAAAACAUCACAUUCUCCUACCCAAACAGGCCUGAGAGCACAAUUCUAAACGGCUUCAACCUCAAUGUGGACAGCGGAUCUAUUAUAGCAGUUGUGGGACAUAGUGGAUCUGGGAAGUCUACACUCUUCUCUCUACUAAUAAGACUGUACGAUCCAAGCUCGGGUAUCGUUCUCAUAGAUGGAAUGCCAUUGCAGUCUUUCAACCUCUCCUGGCUGAGAUCGCAUAUUGGAGUAGUCAGUCAGGAACCAGUAUUAUUUUCGGGAACAAUUCGUGAGAACAUAGCCUACGGGGUUGAUGACCCUUCCAGUCUAUCGAAUGAAGACAUUGAGAUGGCUGCAGCCGAAGCCAAUGCUUACGACUUCAUCACCAGAGACUUUCCUGAGGGAUUCGAGACCAGGGUGGGAGAGAGAGGCAUCAUGCUCUCUGGAGGACAGAAGCAGAGGGUUGCUAUCGCCAGAGCAUUAGUCAAGAAUCCAAGAAUUUUACUACUGGAUGAAGCUACCAGUGCCCUUGAUGCAGAAAGUGAACAUUUAGUACAAGAGGCUUUAGAAAGAAUAAUGAAAGGACGUACUGUUCUUACGAUAGCUCACAGACUCUCGACAAUCAAAAAUGCAGAUCAAAUAGCCGUGUUAAAGGAUGGAACUGUGGCACAAGUGGGAACUUACGAUGAACUGAUGAGAGAUGAGUCCGGAGCUUUCAAGAAACUUGUGCAACACCAGACGUUCCAAGCUACUUCCCCGAUCUUGAAAGAUGUUGAAAUGUUGAAGGUUCUCUAACUAACUGUUGAUUACUUGUAUGAUUUUAUUUAAGAAAUUAUUUUAUCUAUGUUAUUUAGUUGAUAAUCAGGUGCUAAGAGCUUAACGAAGUAAAAAUGGAUGUUUGAUAAA